AUGACACCCGUCAUCCGAAAAAUUGCAAAAGAUCACGGAGUAGAGUCCAUUGUAGACUUGGGUGCCGGGCAAGGUUAUUUAUCUAGGUCCUUGGCUUUCAAAACCAACCUCAAAGUGUUAGCUGUGGAUUCAUCAGAGAUUCAAACAUGUGGUGCGAAGAAAUUCGAUGAUAGAGCAGUUAAGUUUUUGGACAAAGACGAUUUAAAACUGCAUCAUGUGACAGACUUCAUCACACCAGAAAACGCAUCUACCAUCCUAUCAAAAUGGGGUAACCAUGACACAACAACACAAGAAAAAUGGCUCUUGUGUGGCCUUCAUACUUGCGGCGAUCUCGCAAGUAUGAUGUUGAGAUUAUUUACUUCCAGUCCCGAAAUAACUUGUUUGGUUAGCGUGGGUUGUUGCUACCAUUUUCUUACUGAGAAGCAUGAACAUAAUGACAUGGAUGACUCGCAAUUAGGAUUUCCUGUCAGCACUAAAGUGCGUGAAAUAGGUUUUAAAUUGGGUCCCACUGCAAGAAUGCUUUCUUGCCAAGCUCCUGCUAGGUGGGUAGACCAGCAACAAGAAACAUUGAUUGCCUAUGAACAUCACUUCUUUAGGGCCCUAUUACAACUGAUCAUGGUAGAAAAAGGACUUAUUGAAGCAUCUGUCGCACCUGUUGUGGGUAGGUUGAACAAGAAGAAGGACUUUACUUCAUUUUCAGUUUAUGUCAAGGCUGCUUCCAAAAGAUUAAAAUUACCUGAAGAUACCAUUACAUCUGAAGAAGCAGAAAAGUAUUAUCAAGAAUACAAGCGUAGACAGGUGGAUAAACAAAUUACAAUCUUAUGGACUCUUCGUGUAUUACUAGCUCCUAUUUUAGAAAGCAUUAUUUUGGUUGACAGAUGGCUUUAUUUAAAUGAAAAUAUCCAGGACAGCCCAACUAAAGGCGUCUGGUUAUGGCCCCUAUUUGAUCCUGUGGCAUCUCCAAGAAACGUAGUGAUUACAGCUACUAAAUAA